UUCACGAGCCACCGUACGAUAGCGCCGUAAAACCCAGGCCUUCCCGCAGCCACAAAAACCGGCAAGGCGAACACCGCGAGUACGCAAAGCGAAGCGGAGAAACCCCACUCCGCCGUCUUCCUCCUCCCUCCCCCUCCAGUCUCGUCUCGCCACCGCCGCCGCGCCCGGCCCCCAUGUGGCCGUCCUGGGUGAGGACGCGCUCGUCCAAGACCAAGUCCGCCGCCGCCGCCGCCGACUCCAGCUCCACCGCGCUCGUCGCCGCCUCCAAGCGCCUGUCCUUCUCGUCCCCCUCCCUCAAGGAUCUCCAGUCCCUGCUCGUGCCGGAGGGGGCCCACCCGCCGCACGCCGCGCCGUUCCCCUCCCCGCCGCCGCGCGUCUUCCACCGCGUCCGCGUCGCCGCCUGCGCGCUGCGCGUCCUCCGGAGCCUCCAGUCGGCGGGGCAGCAGGCGCACGCGGCCGUCCCCGGGUGCGAGGGGGCGCGGGUGGUGCUCUACUUCACCUCCCUCCGCGUCGUCCGCGGCACCUACGAGGACUGCCGCGCCGUGCGCGCCAUCCUGCGGGGGCUCCACGCCGCCGUCGACGAGCGCGACCUCUCCAUGGACCCGGCCUUCCUCCCCGAGCUCGCCGCGCUGCUCCCCCACCGUGGCCACCGCGUGACCCUCCCCCAGGUGUUCGUCAACGGCCGUCACCUCGGCGGCGCCGAGGAGGUCCGCCGCCUCCACGAGUCCGGCGAGCUCCGCAGCAUCAUCGCGGCCGCGUCCCCGGCCCCCACCACCUGCGGGCGCUGCGCCGGCGAGCGCUACGUGCUGUGCGGCAGCUGCGACGGGAGCCACAAGCGGUACAGCCACAAGGGCGGCGGCGGCUUCCGCGCCUGCGCCAUCUGCAACGAGAACGGUCUCGUCCGGUGCCCGGACUGCAGCUUCCCGACCACCUGAUCCAGAUCCAAGAUCCGUGUGGCGGUGGCUCCCCUCCAACCAUUCAACCCAUUUCGACUUCAAACUUUCUUCUCAUCAAACAAUGGGGAGAGAUCAAGAUCGCCCACCCAUCCGUGUGACAUUGACCUGUCAAUUACUCUAGCAUUAGUCAUUACUCUCGUUAGUGAUUAGUGAGCAGUGGAGUACCGUUUCACUCCUAUUAGUCAGUUACAGAUGAGGCUGUGGAGUUCAAUUUAGCUGCCCUCCAGCCUUGGAUUACAACUUAGUUUUUACAAGAGAUUAAUCUUUGGUUUCUGCUCUUGGUUAAUCGUCAACCUUGCAGCCAUUACAUCACAGUUUAUACAUCUGGUUGUCUGACUUCGUACGCAGUAUACUACUAGUAUAUUUCAAGUCUUCGAGCCAUGGGAUCCCUGCCUCACUGCGUCCGGAGCCGGUGCCAAU